AGUACAAUCAGUUUGCUUCGCUCUGUCGACCCCUUCGGUACACACUCCAAAUUCUUCAACAUGCCCCAAUUGGAUCUCUACAACAUGCCCAUGGCUCCCGCCAGCCGGGCCAUCCAGAUGAUUGCCAAGGCCGUGGGCGUGGAACUGAACUCCAAGUUCAUCAACACCUUGGAGGGUGAUCAGCUGAAGCCCGAGUUCGUGAAGAUCAACCCCCAGCACACCAUUCCCACCCUGGUGGAUGACGGAUUUGCCAUCUGGGAGUCGCGAGCCAUCGCCGUCUAUCUGGUGGAGAAGUACGGCAAGCCCGACUCCUCUCUGUACCCCAAGGAUCCCCAGAAGCGGGCUCUGAUCAACCAGCGGUUGUACUUCGAUAUGGGCACUGUCUACGACGCUUUGGGCAAAUACCUGUUCCCUCUCUUCCGUACCGGAAAGCUUGGCGAUCAGGAGGCUCUGGACAAGUUCAACACCGCCAUUGGGUUCCUCAAUACCUUCCUCGAGGGUCAGGACUUCGUGGCCGGCAAGGAACUGACGGUGGCUGAUAUCGUCCUUUUGGCCACUGUCUCCACCACCCAAUUGAUUGCGUUCGACUUGGCCAAAUUCCCCAACGUGGAAAGGUGGUACAAGAAUGCCCCCAAAGUGGUUCCUGGUUGGGCUGAGAAUCUGAAGUCCUUGGAGGAGGCUAAGAAGUUUUUCGAUGAGAAAGUAGCUGCACUAAGUAAAUAAGUACUGAACGUAGUAAGCCCUCAAUGUUUAAAUUAUUCUUAAUUGUAAAUAAAAACUUGUUUAAAAAUUAAA